GUCAAGUGUCAUCAGAAGGCAAUGGCAGAAAGUUUUGAGGAAAGAUUAUCGGACCUGGUCCGAAACUACACGCACUUAUUUGAUAAUACUUCGCCAUUGCACAGCGACAAACAUGCGUGCCAAAAUAGUUGGCGACAAAUCGCGGGGGUUUUGGGGGUCGACGCCGAGACCUGCCACAAAAAGUGGAAGGCGAUCCGUGAUCGGUAUGUCCGCGCCCGGAGGAAAAUGUUGGAGAAGCGGAGUGGAGACGGAGCUGAAGAGAUCUUCUGCCCGGCGGUGCUGAAACGCCUCAGCUGGCUGCAAAGCUAUGUUUCGCACCGCAACACUGACACUAAUUUCCCUCGGAGUAUGAUGUCUGAUGAAGAGCCUCCUUCACCCAGCCCUGUCUCUCCUGGCCCCGUCUCACCCAGCCCCAUCUCUCCUGGCCCCGUCUCACCUGGCCCCGUCUCACCUGGCCCAGUGUCACCUGGCCCCGUCUCACCUGGCCCAGUGUCACCUGGCCCCGUCUCACCCGGCCCCGUCUCACCUGGCCCAGUGUCACCUGGCCCCAUCUCACCCGGCCACUUCGCACCAUCUAUGCCCUCCCCUCAACCCUCAUCCCACCCUACCCCUCAACACUCUACCUCACCACCAACCACACUACCACAACCACCAUCUGCACCAUCUAUGCCCUCCAGAGCAGCAGGUAGGAAGAGGAAGCGAGCCCCGGAGAUGGAUGCAGUUGAGGCCGCCCUACUUAAUAGGCUUGAGGAGAUCAGGGAGGAGAGGCAAGCAGGUCAGAACCUGUACACAAACUUUGGGAGAUAUGUGGGCAGCUUCCUGCAAGACUUGCCACAGGAUUCUGCGAAAAGACUGAUGAAGGAAAUAAAACAACUCAUGCAAGUCUAUGAACCAUAAUGUUCUGUUUUCUGUUCUGUUCUUGUUGCACUGAAUUCCUUUGUUUACAAUUGUAGACAUUUCAUUGGUGUUACAUUUUAGUUAUAUUGUUCAAAUUG